GAGAAUGAGAGGACCAUUGGAUGGGGUGUCAAAGAGACCUCUGUGGAGAAGUGAUCACCCAGAGUGAUCUGUAAGCUGAGAGUGAAAGGAUGAGGGGCCAGAGGAGGAACAUUUAGCCGUGCCGGCUUUCCCCAAAGGAAACUACCAGGAGAAGCCUCCUGGCCAGAGAUGUUAGAAUGUCUCUGGACAGAACAGUGCCUGGAAGAGAUGUCUUGCUUUUUUUUCCUUGUUCCUACUCCCCUCCCUUCCCUCGAAUCCCUUCAGUUGAUUCUCUUGCCUCCUCUUCUGCCAUCAGCCUGGACAAACUGCUGGAUGCUGGUCUCUAUACUGGAGAAGUGACUGAAAUCGUAGGAGGCCCAGGUAGCGGCAAAACCCAGGUAUGUCUUUGUGUGGCUGCAAACGUGGCCCAUGGCCUGCAACAGAACGUCCUAUACAUAGAUUCCAAUGGAGGGCUCACAGCUUCCCGCAUUCUCCAGCUACUUCAGGCCAGAACCCCAGAUGAGGAGGAGCAGAGCUCUGACUUGGCUUUGCAGCUCAGCACCCAGGCAGCCACCUUGGCGGGAGCUCUCCAGAGGAUCCAGGUGGUGCGUGCGUUUGACAUCUUCCAGAUGUUGGAUGUGUUGCAGGACCUGCGAGGCGCUGUGUCCCAGCAGGUGAGCAGUUCUUCAGGGACUCUGAAGGUGGUGGUUGUGGACUCGGUCACUGCGGUGGUCGCCCCACUUCUGGGAGGUCAGCAGAGGGAAGGCUUGGCCUUGAUGAUGCAGCUGGCCCGAGAGCUGAAGACUCUGGCCCGGGACCUCAGCGUGGCACUGGUGGUGACCAAUCACAUGACCCGAGACAGGGACAGCGGGCAGCUCAAACCUGCCCUGGGACGCUCCUGGAGCUUUGUUCCCAGCACCCGGCUUCUCCUGGACACCGGCCAAGGUGCAGGAGCAUCAGGCAGCUGGCGCAUGGCGUGUCUGACCAAAUCUCCCCGUCUGGGGACACGGGUUCAAGCCCUGGUCCGGGAAGAUCCCACAUGCCGCGGAGCAACAAAGCCUGUGUGCCACAACGACUGAGCCUGUGCUCUAGAGCCCGCGACCCGCAACUACUGAGCCUGUGUGCCACAACUACUGAGGCUGUGCGCCUAGAGUCCGUGCUCCGCAACAAGAGAAGCCACCGCAAUGGGAAGCCUGUGCACCGCAACAAAGAGUAGCCCCUGCUCGCCGCAACUAGAGAAAACCUGCACACAGCAAUGAAGACCCAACGCAGCCAAAAAUAAAAAUGAAUAAAUUUAUUUAAAAAAAUAAAAGAAAAUGGGGAUGCUACUAGAAAGGAGGGAGUGUGCGUGGAGGAGUUGGACACUGGGUGGGCAACCACUAGUAUCUGCCGAAGUCCAGGAGGCAAGUGUAUCAAGGCUCACAUGUGCUUUGGCCCUUUGUCCCCAUCUCAUUUAGAGCUUCAGAAAGCCUUCCAUCUUCCAGACAGUAAAUGGGAGUCCAGUGAGGUUUUGGACAUAAAGCUAAUAAGUGGGCAGCACCAGAAUCCAAACUUGAAUCUGUCUGAUUCCAAACCCUACUUCUUUCCAUCCUCAUGCUGCCUUCGGCCGUGACUAUGUGAAUGUUUCAAUUAAAUUCUUUGUAUUUUGCCCCGAUAGCAACCAAGGCUACCCAUCCCAACCUCUUUUUAUCUUUGUUCACCAUAAAAGCUGGAUCAGAGAUCUACUUUCUCAGCUCUUUCCGAUUUCCCGUAGGGAAGUUAUGAGAGAAUGACAAACACUCAAAGAAGGGAGAUAUUGUUGGUAUUAAGGUGAACCGGAGGUUUGGGGGGAAAUAAAGCUGAGUGAAAAACAACAGGGUCUGUGUGUGCCUGAGAUGUGAGCCAGCAGGAGGUAAGGGAUUUUAUUUUAUUUUUUGGCAUGGCAUGUGGCAUCUUAGUUCCCCGACCAGGGAUCAAACCCGCGUCCCCCUGCAGUGGAAGCGCGGAGUCUUAACCACUGGACCGCGGGGGAUGUCCCAGGAGGUAAGGGAUUCAGGUGCACAUCCCAGCUAGGUUUUGCUGUGCUCUGGCAUGGAGUUGUACUGGGGAGAGUUAAAACUGUCCAGUUGCUGGGGAUGGGCAUUGGAGAAGGCUCUGUGAUGCUUGGAGCUUAAAUUAGAGCUAGGUAGAUUAUUCAUCCAAGCUUACCCUCAAAAAGAUGUUUCUCUCAUGUUUUCCUAUCUUAUUUCACUGGCUAGACUAACUUCCGGUGCUAAGUUGAAUAGAAGCAACAAUAGCCAUCCUCCUUGUCUUGUUCCUGAUUUUAGUGAGCUGUUUCCAUUAUUUUAUCAUUAUGUAAGAUGCUGUGGGUUCCCUUUAGUUACCUUUUAUGAAGGUAAGGACCUCAGUGUGUUUCCUAUCUAUCCUGGAGAGGGAGGCCAGGUACUGGCCAUUCCAUUUGACGUGUAGAAUUCUCUCUCCCAGCCAGUGGAAGGUCCAUGCAUCCCAGAGCUGUACAAGUGCACUUCAGCUGCUGCACAAGCUUGAAUCCAUGAGUAGGCUUUGAAUCCUAGCUCUUUGCUGCCUCUAGUUUCUGGCUGUAAUAGUCUCAAUACAAGCCUGGGUUUUGCCAGAAGACAACUGACAUAUGAUGAAAAGUAUACAAAGUCAAGGAGCAAGAUUUUCAUCUCCUCUAACUUGGCCUUAGCUCUGACACUUACUGUAUGUCAUUGGAUGAAUUAGCUUCUUUAAGCCUUAGUUUCAGCCACUGGGAAAUGGGGAAAAUAAUACCUAUUGCAUAGAAUUGCUUUAGGGUCAUAUAGCUUAUGUAAAACACCAAAUACUUCCCCAGGCAUAUAUUGGGUUGGCCAAAAUGUUCUUUCGGGUUUUUCCAUACUAUCUUGUGGAAUAGCAUCCAAUAUUAAUAAUAGGCACUCUUUCACAUCAUUGAAAAGCUUAGGAUGCCUUGGAGAAACUAGUGACAGCAUCCUGUUCAGGCAAGGCUGGCUUCAAGUGUGACCAGUGCAGUUGCCCAGAGCCUGGUGCUUAGUUUAAUGCUCCCCGGUUGCCAUCCUGAAAUUCUUAAUACUUUUUGAACAAGGGUCCCACAUUUGCACUGUGCCCUGAAAACUUUGUAGCCAGUCCUGUCUCCAGGUAUGAGUUGAACUCCUGUACGGGAAACACCCUACCACUGAUUUCUUAGGGAAUAUUUCCCUCGGAGAAUAACCUCCGAUAGAAAAAUUGGGGUUAGCAUCCUGUGUCCGUUUAUCACUUCCUGUUCCAUUCUGGGAUAACCUACACAGCCUCUCUCAGAAAGGAAUACUUUAUAUUUUGCAAAAUUUAUUAGGUUUGGAGAAUUUAAGAGCUGGUGAAGUAGAAUGAUGAUUUGGGAUUUUGGAAUCGGGAAAAUCUAGGUUCAAAACCCUGCUGGGUCCUUUCUGGCUGAAUUACUUGGACAAGGUAAUGUCUUUGUCUUGUUGGUAAAAUGUAUGUUGCAGGGGAAAUUACAUUUUCCUUAUUGGUAAAAUACAUGCCUCAGGGGAAUUAAACAUAAUUUAUGUAA